AUGCUAUCAAGAGUUGUUUCUAAACGUGCCUUUUCAAUUUCAAGAGUUAAUCCUUACAAGGUCAGUAUUUUAGGUGCUGCUGGUGGUAUUGGCCAACCAUUAUCCUUAUUGAUGAAAUUGAAUGAAAAAGUCACUGAUUUAAGGUUAUAUGAUUUAAGAGGUGCUAAAGGUGUAGCUGCUGAUUUAUCUCAUAUCCCAACCAAUUCUACUGUGAAUGGUUUCACUCCUGAAGAUGAAAAUGGUUUACAUAAUGCUUUAAAGGAUACGGAAUUGGUUAUUAUCCCAGCUGGUGUUCCAAGAAAGCCUGGUAUGACUCGUGAUGAUUUAUUCUCGAUUAAUGCAGGAAUUGUUCGUGAUUUGGCAUCUGCUGUAGCUGAUGCUGCUCCAAACGCUGCUGUUUUGGUCAUUUCUAACCCAGUUAACUCAACUGUACCAAUUGUUUCUGAAGUGUUGAAGAGCAAAGGUGUCUACAAUCCAAAGAAAUUGUUCGGUGUUACCACUUUAGAUGUCAUUAGAUCUUCAAGAUUCAUCUCUGAAGUCGUUGGUACCAAUCCAACAAAUGAAAAGGUCACCGUUGUCGGUGGUCACUCCGGUAUUACCAUCAUCCCAUUGUUAUCUCAAACUCAACAUCAAAGCAUUCCAGAAGAUCAAAAGAAAGCUUUGAUCCACAGAAUUCAAUUCGGUGGUGAUGAAGUCGUCAAGGCUAAGAAUGGUGCUGGUUCCGCUACUUUAUCCAUGGCUUUGGCUGGGUCAAGAUUUGCUAACUCCGUUUUACGUGGUUUCGCUGGUGAAAAGGAUGUUGUUGAACCAUCUUUCGUUGACUCACCAUUAUUCAAGUCUGAAGGUAUCGAGUUCUUCGCUUCCCCAGUCACCUUAGGUGCUAACGGUAUCGAAAAGGUCCAUCCAAUUGGUGCUGUAUCUGCUGAAGAAGAACAAAUGUUGGAAGAAUGUAAAGAAACUUUGAAGAAGAACAUUCAAAAGGGUAUUGAUUUUGCUUCUGCUAAAAAAUAA